AUGAAGACUGUAACAUCAGAGAAGAUAAUAGAACGUAUCGAUUCUCACUUUUCUUCACAUGGGUAUCCAAUUGGUUUGAAAUCGGACAACGGUCCUCAGUUCAUUUCAGAGGAGUUUGAAAACUACCUAGAAGAGUGUGGCAUAAGACAUAAACAUACAACCCCCUUAUGGCCUCAGGCAAAUCGAGAGGUAGAAAGACAGAAUAGAUCUCUCUUGAAAGUGUUGAAGAUAGCACAGCUUCAGAAACGCAAACUGCACAAGGAGUUAAAUAAGUUCCUUCUAGCAUAUCGGUCUACACCGCACACGACAACAGGAAUGUCCCCAGCCGAAGCAAUGUUCAAAAGAAAGUUAAGAACAAAGCUUCCAGAAACAGGGGAAAACAGGUUGAGAGAAGAUGACAGAAUGAUAAGAGAUAGAGACACUGAACUAAAACAGAAAUCAAAAGAUUAG